CUGCGAUUCAAAAAGCUUUGCCAACAUGGACUCAUUUCGCCACAGGUCAGGCGGCUUGAAACAGAGCAAUAAGCCGUUCAAGUCAAAGCAUGCUUCCAAGAAUUCAUUGAAAGAAAAAUCAAAGGGUAAAAUCAACCGAUCCUCCAUUAAGCAACGAGGUCAGGGACCGAGCAACAAGGCCGACCGUCGCCAUGCAGCUAGAGUAGCGCAACAAAAGAAACGUAGCGAAGUUUACGAGACCACUCGAGUGUUUGAAGGCAAAGACGGAGCUCCAAAGAUUGUGGCUGUAUUGCCCCUCUGCCCAGACAUCGAUAUGGAUUUGGCUAUUCAGAAUUUGUACAAGGCUGUGGAUCAACCUGUGCCUCAAACUCCCGGACCGCUCAACAUGCAAUCUGAGCGAUUCAAGCACAAAUUCCAAUUUGUGCCUUUGCAGCGCAAUUUUAUCGACGUGAUGGAUGCCAUGAAGGUCGCUGAUUUCACCAUCAUGCUUAUGUCCGCCGAGGUUGAAGUCGAUAAGUUUGGCAUCACCUGUUUGUUGGGUGUUUUGAACCAAGGUCUCGUGUCUCCCAUUCCUGUUGUUCAGCAUCUCGAACGCACCUCACCCAAACUUCGCGCCAACAUCAAAAAGUCUCUCGUCGCUUUCGUGCAACAGUUCUACCCCGAGGAAGCAAGAGUGCACACCCUUGAUACCGAGGCCGAAGCCAUGACCGUUUUGCGUAUGCUUGCCACUCAAAGACCUCGAUCCAUCAAGUGGCGCGAACAACAUCCCUACUUGUUGGCUGAAAACGUUGAGUUUGAGGAGCAGGAAGGCGAACUUGGUACUCUCAAAGUGACUGGUGUUGCUAGAGGAUGUCCCUUUAAUGCCAACCGUCUUGUUCAUUUGCAAAACUAUGGCGAUUUCCAAAUUGAGAAGAUCAUGUCGGCCCCAGUUUCAUCUGCUCAAGUAUCCGAUAUGCAGGAGGACUCUGCUGUGCUUGAUAUCCCUAAUCCAGACGAGCAGGAUGAUUUGGUCUCUGAGAACGAGCCUGAUUUCAUGGAAAAUGAACAAACAUGGCCAACCGAAGAAGAAUUGGCCGAGGCAGAUGAGAGAGUACGACAAAUGAAUGGUGGUCAGCCUAUGGAUUCCGAAGGAAAGGUGACAAAACUUGUGCCAAAGGGAACGUCGGCCUACCAAGCUGCGUGGAUCGUUGACGAAGAGGACGAGUACAGUGACGUUGAUGAAGAUGAAGAAGGACAAGAUAUGAUGGAGGAUGACGAUGAGAAUGUUGAACCUGCUGGUGCCGAUUCAGAAUUCCCCUCAUUUGAUGAUGAUGAUGAAGAAUACGAACUCAUAGACAUGAACGGCAAGGAGAAGACUGACGAAGACGAUGAGUUUGAUGCCGAAGAAGAAGAUAGACAGCUCCAAGAAUACCUCGCUCGCCAAAAAGAGCUCAAGUCACAUACCGAUUUCCCAGACGAAGUCGAUACGCCAUUGGAUACACCUGCCCGAGUUCGAUUUGCGCGGUAUCGUGGCUUGCAAUCUUUCAGAACUAGCCCUUGGGAUCCAUACGAAAACCUCCCAAUAGACUACUCCCGUAUUUUCCAAUACGAAAAUUAUAAUAGAACCAAGAACAGAAUCUUGACACAAAAUCUUGUCGGCAAGUUCAGAGCGCGAACAAGAAUCACCUUGUAUAUAAAAGACGUUCCCAAAGAAGCUUAUGAAUCAUAUAGUCCAUCACGGCCGUUCGUCGUCUUUGGUCUUUUGCAAUACGAACACAAGAUGACAGUUCUUAACUUCCAGAUCUCUCGUGACAACGCUUACGAAGAGCCUGUAAAGUCCAAGGAUGCCAUGAUAUUACAUAUGGGCUUUAGACGAAUGGAAGUUCGACCCAUUUAUUCACAGAGAGGUAAUGGAAAGGGUCACAAUAAUGUUCACAAGUAUGAGCGGUUCUUGCAAAUGGGCAAACCAUCGGUUGCCACCAUCUAUGCUCCUACGGUAUUCGGUAAAGUGCCGUGCUUGCUCUAUAAGGAAACCGACGAUGUCAACGAUCCUAUCUUAGUGUCGGUUGGUUCAUUCAUGGACACUGACACCAGGCGAAUCGUAGCCAAGCGUAUUAUUCUUUCUGGUCAUCCAUACAAGAUUCAUAAGCGCUCUGCUGUCAUUCGAUUCAUGUUUUUCAAUUCCGAGGAUGUCCAUUGGUUCAAGCCUGUGCAAUUGACUACCAAGUAUGGCCGCACUGGUCACAUCAAAGAAUCUCUCGGUACCCACGGUUAUGUAAAGUGCAUGUUUGACGGUCCCAUUACUCAGCAAGAUACCGUCAUGAUGUAUUUAUACAAACGAGUCUUCCCCAAGUGGAAUACCAAGCUUUGGAAAGGCGGAUUGAAUCACGCUAUUUCAGCAGGCGGUGAAAGUAAAGCCAUGGAGAUAGAUGCCAUGGAAGAAUAAGUUCUACAAUAAAAUGACGUUCUUGUGACUGUUAAAACAGA